CUGGAAGGGGGGGAAAGCGUCCGGACUGGAAGGGGGGGAAAGCGUCCGGACUGGAAGGGGGGGAAAGCGUCCGGACUGGAAGGGGGGGAAAGCGUCCGGACUGGAAGGGGGGGAAAGCGUCCGGACUGGAAGGGGGGGAAAGCGUCCGGACUGGAAGGGGGGAAAGCGUCCGGACUGGAAGGGGGGGAAAGCGUCCGGACUGGAAGGGGGGGGAAAGCGCCCGGACUGGAAGGGGGGGAAAGCGUCCGGACUGGAAGGGGGGGAAGCGUCCGGACUGGAAGGGGGGGAAAGCGUCCGGACUGGAAGGGGGGGGGGAAAGCGUCCGGACUGGAAGGGGGGGAAAGCGUCCGGACUGGAAGGGGGGGAAAGCGUCCGGACUGGAAGGGGGUGAAAGCGUCUGGACUGGAAGGGGGUGAAAGCGUCUGGACUGGAAGGGGGGAAAGUGUCCGGACUGGAAGGGGGUGAAAGUGUCCGGACUGGAAGGGGGGGGGGGGGACUGUGAAAGCGUCCGGACUGGAAGGGGGCGGAAUCCUCUGGAGGGCGAGGGGGGGAAUCUUCUGGAGGGCGAGGGGGGGGGAAUCUUCUGGAGGGCGAGGGGGAGGGAACCCUCUGGAGGGCGAGGGGGGAAGAUCCUCUGAAGGGUGAGGAGGGGGGGAUCCUCUGAAGGGUGAGGAGGGGGGGAUCCUCUGAAGGGCGAGGAGGGGGGAUCCUCUGAAGGGCGAGGAGGGGGGGAUCCUCUGGAGGGCGAGGGGGGGGAAUCCUCUGAGGGCGAGGGGGGGGGAAUCCUCUGGAGGGCGAGGGG